CUACGACCGGUUCUCCAACGGACCGUUUCCGGUGUUGCACACAACACUACCAUUGAAAACAUGACUUGGAGCCGUGUCGGUUUACGCCUCGUAGAUUUUGUCUGGUUACUUUUAUCUUUUUCUUUCUUUGUGGCUCUUGGAGCUCACGUAAUCUUAAAACGGUUGCCCCCAAAAUACAAAACAUGUCGUCCUUACAUGUUUUUCCAGGAUCUGAUCCGAUAUGGAAAGACUAAACAGAAUUUCAAACGCGACGACUGGUUGUGUGUGUUUGACGUGCCGAAGAGGUGGUUCUGGCAUUUUUACGCAACCUCCCUCGUUUGGAAUGGUCUUCUGUUGUCUGUCAGCCUGAACAUCACUUUACGACAACAAUUAUGUCCAAUGUGGCUCACAAGCUUAAUACAUAUUCUGUCUGGGUCUACAGACACAGAAAAUGAAGCUCUUCAACCUGGCACAGUCCUGGUGCAGAUGCUGCUGUGGUUCCAUUCCCUCAGGAGACUUCUGGAGUGUCUCUACGUCAGCGUCUUCUCUGAUGGCGUCAUCCAUGUGGCACAGUACGUCUUCGGACUAGGCUACUACGUCCUGCUGGGGCUGACCGUGGUCUGCUCGGACCGUCUAACGAAAGGAAAGGUGGAGACGCUGGGUCACAGGGUGCCAAAGGGAGGCUGCUUUGAACUGGUGUCCUGCCCUCAUUACUUAGCAGAGUUGCUCAUCUACGUUUCCAUGAGUUUAGUUUUGGGAGGCCGGUCUCUCACCUGGUGGCUGGUGGUCCUGUACGUGCUCUUCAACCAGGCGCUGGCAGCACUGCUUUGUCACGAUCUCUACGUCAGCAAGUACGAGUCCUACCCAAAGCAAAGAAAAGCUUUUAUACCGUUUUUGAUGUGAAGUAAAAUGAUGUUUCAUGUACUGUU